AUCAUCCCUACGUCCAUCAUUUAGAAUGUCGGAUUUAGUACCACACGAUCCAUACUUCAGAGAAUGGCAUAAGAACAAAAACAGCAGCUCAAACUCUGCUGACUCAGAGGUUGUAGAUAAACCUGCACCAGAGGGUGUAGCACCAGAUGCUAAGAAGGUAUACGAACAGGAACCAAUUUCUCAAGCUGAGCGUGAAACCGUCGAAAAGAGCAUUAAGAAGGAGGUCAGCGAUGAAAAAGAUACAGGCGCUAUUGCAGGUGUCGCUGCUGCAGGUGCAGCCACCGUCGCCGGUGCCGCCGGUGUUGCAGUUGCUGCACACUCCGCAGACGAUAAGAAGGAAGACGAGCCAGUAAAAUCUGACGAGCCAGUUACAACCGCUCAGCCAGAACCUGCAGCUGCCCCUGAGAGCACUGUCGUACCAGAAAAGGAAGACAAGUCAGAAGAGAAGAUUACUGCGUUUGCCGAGGAAUCACCAGCACCAACUCCAGCGAAGGAGGAACCAAAGGAAGUUCCAGUUGAGACAGCACAACCAGCAAAAGAAGCUCCUGAACUUAGUGAAUUCUCAAAAGCAGCCACUCCUGCACUUCCAAAAGGUGUUGCUAACCUCAAGGAUGAUGGACCUCGCAAGCCAGAGGGUAUUUCAACCCCAGCUGGUGAACACGUCCCAAUCUACCCAGGUGAUACACCAGACACUCCAGAUAUUUCUGGAAAGCCAAAUCCAGUCACCGUCACAGUACCACUUGAGACCGUUGAGUUGGCAGACACCAAGGACUCUCACAUACCUGUCUUAGAGGAGGGUGGACACCAACACCACAUUGAACAAGCUGAGAAGGCAGAAGAAGCAGCUCCUAAGGAAGAAAACAGUGAUAUACAAUCCAAGGACAAACUUCCAAAGGAAGCACACAAUGCUGCCACCUGGACAACAUUGCCAGCUCCUGAGGAGGUACCAACACCACUCCGUUUGUCACAGCGCAGCCCAGACACACCAUUGGCACCAUCACUCGAACCAUCUCCAAACGCUUCUGAAGAGCAACUGAAGCAAGCUCAAUCUCAGACUGAGAAGAAGGAAGAAGCAGCACCAGCAGCUGCACCAGCUGAUAAGCCAAAAGAGGACAAAAUUUUACCACCAAAAACACCAGAAAAGGCUAAAUUCCAGCAAGACCAAAACAGCCACUUGGAAACACCGGAACCAGCGACGACAGCUUCUUUGAGUCCAGGAAACACAUCGAUACACUCAGCUGCAAACUUACCAGGUGGAUACCAGCAGACACCAGAGAAGUCAAAGAAGCAGGAAGAACAAGAACAGUCCUCAAGCAAGAGCCGCUGUUUGAUUAUGUAAUUUCAUUAUUUAAUUUGAUU